CUAAAGGCAAAAGGCUUUCCAAACCGUCUUCGUCAAACGUUUAAAAAAUUAUCAGGACUUGGUAAGGCAAGGAUCAAGGCCACCUUUGUUAUAUAUACGUUCAAGGUUAAGGCGACCUUUUCCCAAGGCUAUGUAGGCCUAGGCUACGGGGGACGAAUUUAUUUUCAGCGACUGCGCGCGGGCUCCAGGUCAAAGGCAUGCAGAAUGUGAUGUGUAGACUUCCUGCACUGGCGUGCACGUUCAGUGACACGAGAGUUGAGUCGGAAAGUCGGUCAGUUGCAUAAGUUUGCCAAGGAGGAGCAGUCUAGACUCGCGAGUUCACGAGAGGUUUUUUACAGUUCAAUGCAGUUAGCGAGGCAGUAGGAAGGCAGUAGGAAGGCAGUCAGUGUGCAUCGAAGAAUGGCCGCCAGUUGACCGAGUUUUCUGUGUUAUGAUUUUAGAAGAUUGAAAUUCUUGCAAAGAAGAUAGCAUGAUAUUUCCCAACUAAUCACCAUUCCUGGAGUGUGUAGCAGAGGACAGAUUGUUUACAGUGAAGAGUUUCCAGGCGGAGUGAGAAGGACCCGACUGGUACAAAAUGCCUCGCCUCUUUGUCGUGUUCCGGACGUACGACCGGAUAUGGACAUGCAGGACUUUCACACGAGAGCUCGCCUCGUUCGAACUGGACAUGAGUAGUGGUGCCGUGAAGCUAAUGUUCACUGUUGACCCGAUCAGAGUUCAGGGAAGCGAGGACAGACAGUAUGAACUUUACCCUCUCGACCCUUGCUCUGUGGGCGCCAAGCAAACUGAGGCAAUCUCAACAAUGUACUGCUUACCCCACAGAAAUUUCUCGCCAAAAGUUUUGCGCCUAAGUCAGAAGCAGGUGUGUUGCGUAGCCCCACCACCACCGCCCAGCGCUGCUGGAAAAGGGUUGAUGCGAAGAUUCUCGCUGCCUGCCCCACCUCCUCUGACUCCGACCGGUCCCGCUCCGGAGAAGCAACAGGACGUCAUGUACUACGUGCUGCCAAAUUACAAAUGUACGUUUCUGUGCGACGCCCACGUCGCGUCUUGUGUGAGCAGCGAGCUGGCGCGGAGUCGGACAUUUCGCCGGCGCUUUCUGCGGUUUGUCCGAAGCAAAGGUGGGUUCCGAAACUGUAUCCCGGAUUACGAGCAGUGGACGGAGGAGGAGCGGGAGAUGUGGGACAACUACUUGUGUGUGCCUUACAUGAUCGACGUCGUCGCCGUCUGGCCCCAGCAGAAGAUUGACUUCCCUUGGUGUGACAGAAUCCUGUGCCUACUCAACAAGCACAUAACGCUGGAGGAAGGCUUUGCCUGGCUGUCUACUCUGGGCGGGGCUCACUCGGCUCUCGGGGAGGUCUUUUCUCAGCACGCUGAGCAGGCUGGGAAAAUUUCCAAAAAACAGCUGAAAGUGGCCAUGCUGCUGGGCAAUGAACAAAUGAUAGCCCGCUGCUUUGUCUUCUGGUCCUGGAGCCUGAUGCAGAGAGGGGAGCUGCGGAGGUGUCGGCGAUGUAUCAGGAACGUGUGGAGAUACUGCAAAAGGCUUCGGUGCCGGGACCACAUCCUGGAGAACAUGUGCAAGGCGGUGUGGAGCCGUCUGCAGUACAAGCAGUCGCUGGCCCAGGCAAAGACGCGCGCCGUGCGGGGAGAGGGGGGGGACCGCCACGGCAACAGCAGCGGCGAGGAUGGGGACGACAGCGACGACGCUGGGAGGUCCAACGGACUGCGCUUGGUGGCACGAGGCGCCGCUGCCAGCCGUGUGGCGAUGAUAUUUGGAAGCAAGUUGGAGUCGUGCGCCAGCGAGACGGCGUGCUCCAGCGAGAACAGGAACUUCAACCCCAACAACUCGUCGUUGCUCGACGAUAUCGCCUCGGGGACAAUGGUUGUGCCGGUGUACUGAAGAGAAGGCUGCCAAAUUUGGUCACUUUUAAGGACAAGCGGGCUAACCCAAAUUUCAGGGGUUUCCAGAAAUCUUGACCUUCACCAAAAAAGGGCAUUGCUCUAGCUAUUGGAGAAGUUUGGUUUCAUUGGUGUGUAUAUUUGUUUGGUUAUAGAGAAAACUCUCCUUGUCUUUUAAAGGAACUGAACAAGGGUAAAAAACUUUACCUUCGAUUUUCUCACAACAGCAUUAUUCGGGAAUGCCCGCUUGUGCUUAAAAGCGACCAUUUGUUUGUUGACAUUUUGACCACCUUCAACAACAGUGUUUUUUACCACCAUCCACUAGUCAUGUAGGAAAAUAUUCCCCGAGUUGGACGUUGGAGCCCAAGCAGAGAUUGAGUUUUAGCGUCAGCUAGAGUCAGUCAUCAUGUAGUCAGUCAGGCAUAUUAUAUUGGUUCAAGUUUAAGCCAGUCUUGUACUUGUCAAGAGGGGUAGGAGGUUCUCUCAGAGACCCCACCCCCCGGCAGAAACUGUUUUUAAAGAACCGCCUGUGUGGUGUGCUUCCAUUGUUUAGUAUGGGGCAUGCAUGUGCUGGGUUUUAGUUCAAGUCUAACUAAAGGUUCGAACAACAUCCAGUUGUUUGGUUCAAGGAGUCUUUUACAGAACCAAUAGGUCUCUCUUAAAAUACUACUAGUUU